GCUUGGUUUUUCAAUGUUUGAAACUCAAGAUUAUAAUCACUGCAUUUUGAUUUUUUGAAGCUUAUAAAAUUAUUUUAAAAGCUGAUAUUGUAUGGUAGUUGAAAAGAAUGUGUGUUAUUGACUUUGUUUUGAUAUUAAUAAUUCAUUAAUUGCAUAGGUUAAAUGUAUAAAGUUGAUUCUCAAGAUAAUAAUCUACUAUAUUUCACAAAUUGAAAUCAAAAACAAUUAUUGUUAUUGUGUUCAGAAAUUUGUAAAAAGUUUUGUUCAGAACUGAAAAAGAAAAACCUGCUGACUUUGAUUCUGAAAAGAGAAUGGAAAAGAAAAGUAACCAAACACGACCGUCGCAAUUCAAGAGAGUAGCAGUAGAUGACAUUAUGAAUAUAAAUGACAGCGCUUCAAAGAAAAAAAAGCAAAGCGUACCUGCUCAUCUUAGACCAUCAACUUUGAAAAAACUCAAGUUGAAACCAGACCCCACUCUUCUGUUUUCUCAAUUUGAACCAAAGUCUCAGGAUAAUAAAAUAGAUGCUUCAGCUAUUCAUGGAGCCAAUGAGACAGCCUGUUCUCAAGUCAACAAGUCAAAAGAUCCUAGUAAAGUGGGAAUUUCAAAGGGUUGGACUCCUCCGCUAAAAAAUGCUGCUCAGCAAAAGGAAUCUAAAGGCUCUUCGCAAAGUUUUAAACGGGUUGGCAUAUUGAAAGAAUGUAAAAAUGUGAAGAAAGUUGAACUCAACGUCAAGUUACCGUCCAAUGUUAAAGGGGGUAGUCCAAAAACAAAAGAGAACAGCUCUGGUAAAAACUCAAACACAAAAAAUCAGAAUACGUCAAGAAAUUCUCAUGAAAUUAUCGUUAAGAAUUCACUAGAAGUCGACCGAGAUUCUUCCAAUGUUUGCUCGCAAUACCAUAGAGGAAUUCUUCACAUGGAAGACAAUCAGAACCAGUCCGAUCCAUCCAAUGAUAGUCCUCACCGAAGCCAUUUUGAAACACUAUUGGAAGCCAUUAAUAUAGUCGAAAGCGAUGGUGACCAUAGUCUUGAAAUAGAUCAUUCCAAUACUUAUAGUUCUCAACAAGAAGCUGGUAACUCCUCACAAUCUCAUGAAUUUGUAGACACCGAACAAUUAGAUCUCUUCAAAGAAGAUAAAAAUGAACAAAUUCCUUACAUUGUCACACCUUUGAAAGAGACACAUUCAAAUGAAUUAUCAGUUAUGGAAGGUUCUCAAAAUUCCUGGGGACAAGAAUAUCAAGAUGGUGUAGCAAACAGCCCAACAAAGGAGAGCUACGAAUUCGACACUCAACCCGUUCCUCAAUUUACAAACGAAACCUGUGUCCAGAAAAAUCAAUCAGCUGAGCUUGCUCAUGUUACUGUUUAUGAGGAUUUGAAAACUCUCGAGACAACUGUUGAUUGUGGGGAGUCGGUGCAAAUCAAGUCUACUCCUGAUCUAAGUGGCAACGCAAAAUUGGACGAAUGUCAUAAUGAUUGUCUUUUGACUUCCAGUUGCGUCAAUUAUACAGAAACACUAAUUGAGAAUUUGAAGUAUCCAGUAUUUUGUACUAUAGUUAAUGAAGCUCGAGAUAGCACAGAGGUGUUAAAAUUUUCAGGGAGUGAUUGCAGCAAAAAUAAAAACAAGGGAUUGAAUCAGGUGGAAUCUAAAACAGAGGCAUCACAGCAGUUUAGGCAAAAUCAUGAGAGGGAGAAUAAUUUGGAAGAUGGGAAUGACUAUAGUGUGGUUGACGAAGGUAUAGAUGCAGAAGACGAGAAAAUUAUUAAAGAAAUAAGAAUAUAUGUGUAUGAUUCACUUACUUCUGAUGAAAAAAACGAUGGGAACUCUAAUUACAUUGAAUAUGGGGGGAAUGGAAAGGAGACUUAUCAAAAACCUGAUAUGGCAUCUCAAAAUUGUGAGAAGUGUGUGGUCACGAGUUUUCGUCCCGAAAUCAACAAUGAGAACGUUUAUGAAAAAGAAUUGGAAAUCGGGGAAGAAAGUAAGGAGGAAUGUGAAGGACCAGAAAUCUUUUACAAAAUGGAGGAAAAUGAGGAAGAAUCUGAAGGGAUUAAAUAUUGCGAACAAACAAUUGAAACAUGUGACGAAGAAAGAGAAAGAUACCAAAAGAAUUCAAGCAACGAAUAUUUUGAUUAUCAGCAGAAUAAAGAUGAGACAAUUGUUGAAGGAGAAGGAGAAGCUGAUGAGAAUGAAGAAAGCAAUUUGAAAAAGGAAGAAGUCGAGAUUUUGGAAUGCAAUAGCAGCGAAAGCGAUAAGGAUAAAGUAGGUGGAGAAAAUGACGAUGAAGCAAAUGAGAAUGAGGGAGCAGGUAGAAGCAACAUAGGGGACAAUAAAAGUGAGCUUUGGAAUGAAGAUGAUGAUGUCUUUGAUGAAGUAAUAGACAUGUCCUGCACUCAGCUCAUCAACAUAGAAAAUGAAUAUUCAAAUAAGAAGAAAGCUGAUGAAAAGGUUGGGAAUGAUACCAAUAAUAAUGCUACUCUACGAAAUAAACCAGGAGAUUCGAAUAUUCGAAAAGUUCGAAUACCGUGGGUCAAUGAUGAUUCCAAGAAAGCCGAAAAAGCGAGUGUUAUUCCAGAUCAGAAUCUUCAAUGGAUCGAACGGAUGCGAGAAGAAAAACAAAAGUUGAGAGCUGUAGUCCAGGAACUAUCCCAGCUGAAUGCUCUCAUUCUACAAGCCCGACAAACACUUUGGCCAAGUAUGUUAGCGAACAAGAAAUAGAUUAAAAUAUGGUAUCGCCAUUCUUCAUAAAUAAUAUAUAAGAUAUAAAAAGAUGUUCAGUUGCCAGUGCAAGUGUGUAAAGUUACCUGAACAGUAAAACGUUUUUCUCACCUUUGAAUAAUAACAAUUAUUCAAACAAAAGAUGUUUAGCUUUUGAUACUGUGAACCAAAGAUGAAAUAUUAAUAUGUGUUUCAAAGAUGAGUUAGAUUAAACGUAUACGGAAGGCAAGUUCUCAAGGCUUUGAAAAAUGAAUUCAAAGCUAUAUAAGUUUUGAUAGCUUUUGAUAAUGUAAACCAAAGAUGAAAUUUAUGAGUUUCAAAGUUGAAUUAGAUCAAACUAAUGUAAAUGUGAGUUCUCAAGGCUUUGAAAAAUGAAUUAAAGUACAAUAUUUUUGGUCAUGAACAUUUUAUUCAAAACAAUAAGUCUACAAAUAAUGAUUUGAAAUUGUACAACUGAAUUAAAUUAAUUGGCUCGAAACAGCAUAAUCAUGCUAUGCUAUUUCAAAUGUUUCUGUUUCAUAAAUCAAUCUAGCUACGUUUCCUUUUCCCCCGCUUUCAAUAAUGUAUUCGUCUUAUCUGAUUUAAUAUUAAUUAUUGUACAUUCUUGUUAAUAAUCAUGAAUUGCUCAAAUAUAUUUUAUUCAUUAAGGAAA